CAAAAAAAUCAUAAGAAGUAUAAUCAUUUAAUGAUUUUGAGGGUAAUAUAGAUUCUUUGAACCAAAUGUGCCAAACACACAUUGAAAUUCGAGUCGAUAAAAAAAUCCAGUUUUGAGCCUCAAAAUCUAGCUGAAAAUCCAGAUUUGGCCCUUUUCAUUUGUCACAUGUAUGUAACACAGCACAACACAGUUGCCUCCCUGAUAUUAUGUCUCUAAUUAAAAAAUUAAUAUCUUACAUAGUGAGAUAUCACCUAUGUUUAUUUACCCAAAGAUGGUCACAAAAUGCAGGUUUGACUGUACUGUUCUUUUUAUAACAUUAUUUCAGGUGUCACUGUGUUUAUUAUUCCAAUGAUUAAAUGUGAGCCAGAGAUAGAGAAUUUGAAUAGAUGAACUGCCUAACAGCUUAUCAUUAUGUAUCGGUGUCAAAACUGGGUCAGUAAAUUAUCAAGGACUAUUGCCACUUUAUGUAUUUAUACACCAAGACAUGGACGUCUUCUUGUUGCUUACAAUGUAACUGAAAAUAAGCGCUCUUUAUUUUACGAUACAAGGAAAGGAACUGAUGGUUCUUGCCCAGUUUCAACAUUUCCAACACUGCUAGUCAAGUGUGGGUGUAGAAAGUUUGCUACAGCUCUGUCAAAUACAGAGAAAUUGAACCAGAUGGAUGUACAAAACAUGCAUAAAGAGACACGGGAAAUAUUUGAUGCUGCUGUCAGAUCAGUGUAUCCUCCACAGAUGGUCAGAAAUGCUGUCAAAUUAUCAGAAGAUG